CAAAAUGGGCGGGCUCUGCCUCCCAGGCGGGCGGAGAAGGCCGCGGUUAUCGAUCCCGCUGCUGGAGGGAGGCGGCGGCGAAGCAGCAGAGAAAAUGGCGGCCAUGGCUGCGGAGGCGGCGGCGACUGCAGCGGUGCCGGGUGACGGGGGAGCCGGCGAAGCCGAGCCUGAGAUGGAGCCCAUCCCGGGCAGCGAGGCCGGCGCAGACCCCCUCCCCGCUGUCAGCGAGGCUGUGGAGUCGGCUGUGCCUGAUGGGGACGAGGCCGACGGGGGAAAGUCCGCUCCGGGGGAGGCCGAGGAGCCGCCGCCGCCGCCCGUAGAGCUCGCCCGGAGCCCGGCUAGGACCCAGGAGCCGGAACCUGAGAGGACGGAGCCGGAGGAACCGGAGCUGGGUUCGCCCAAGGCCGAACCUAGAGGACCGCCCAGCCCGGAGCCCGAGGAGGCGCCGCAGCCCUGCCCGCCGCCUGGUGGGCACCCUGAACUUCCCGAGGAGGAGCCGCAGCCCUGCCUGCCGGCUGCUGGGGGCCCCGUGGAGCCGGAGCCCGGGGAGGAGCCGUGCCGGCCGGAGGAGGAGGAGCCGGAUGCUGCUGAUGCUGCCGCUGUAGAGCCGGAGCCCCCGGCCCCCGGCUCCCCGGUGGCCCCGGCCGCGGGGGAGGCGGAGGCUCCGCUGCUGCCUGGCUCGGAGGUGCGCGUCACCCUGGACCACAUCAUCGAGGACGCGCUGGUGGUGUCGUUCCGGCUGGGGGAGAAGCUCUUCUCCGGGGUCCUCAUGGACCUCUCCAAAAGGUUUGGACCCCAUGGAAUCCCUGUGACCAUAUUUCCUAAAAGGGAAUACAAGGAUAAACCUGAAGCCAUGCAGCUCCAAAGUAAACCAUUCCAAGAUGAGACACAGGUGAAGUGUGAAGCCAGUGGUGCAGUCCCUGAUAACUCCUCUUCUCCCAUUCAGCCAUCAGAACCUAGCCUCGCUAAAAGCCUAUGGACUUCUAAACCACCUCCCCUCUUCCAUGAGGGAGCGCCAUAUCCUCCUCCAUUGUUUAUCAGGGACACGUAUAACCAAUCAAUACCUCAGCCUCCGCCCCGAAAAAUUAAGCGGCCCAAACGGAAAAUGUACAGGGAGGAACCCACUUCUAUUAUGAAUGCUAUCAAAUUACGACCCAGGCAGGUCUUAUGUGACAAAUGUAAAAACAGUGUUGUUGCAGAAAAAAAAGAAAUUAAAAAAAGUGGCAAUGCAAGUGACUGCUUAAAAUAUGAGGAUCAUAAAAAGCGAAGGAAUGAGAGUGUGACUACUGUGAAUAAAAGACUUAAAACUGACCAUAAAGUAGAUGGAAAAAGCCAAAAUGAAAGCCAGAAAAGAAAUGCUGUGGUCAAAGUUUCAAAUAUUGCCCACAGCAGAAGCAAAGUAGUUAAAGUUUCUGCUCAAGCAAACACUUCGAAAGCUCAGUUAAAUACUAAAAAAGUUCUCCAGAGCAAAAACAUGGAUCAUGCAAAAGCUCGGGAAGUUUUGAAAAUGGCCAAAGAAAAGGCACAAAAGAAACAGAGUGCAACUUCCACUUCCAAAAAUGCACAUUCAAAGGUCCAUUUCACACGGCGUCUUCAGAACACCAGCUCAGGUUCCCUCCCACCCCGAUUGCGUUUAAAACCACAAAGGUACCGGAAUGAAGAAAACGACUCAUCUCUCAAGACAGGACUUGAGAAAAUACGGAGUGGCAAGAUGGCAACUAAGCCCCAGUCUCGCUGCUCCUCCACCCGCUCAGCAGGUGAGGCCCCUUCAGAAAAUCAGAGCCCCUCAGAAGGCCCUGAAGAGGCCAGCAGUGAGGUUCAGGACACAAGUGAAGUGCAUGUAACUGUUGAUCAGGAUGAACACCAGACAUUGGGCAAGAGAGGCAGCAAAAGCAAUAUAACGGUUUACAUGACCCUUAAUCAAAAGAAAUCUGACUCUUCCAGUGCAUCAGUGUGUAGUAGUGAUAGCACAGAUGAUUUGAAAUCCACCAACUCUGAGUGUAGUUCUACUGAAAGCUUUGAUUUUCCUCCAGGCAGCAUGCAUGCACCUUCCUCUUCCUCCUCCUCCUCCUCCUCUUCAAAGGAAGAGAAAAAGCUCAGUAAUUCCUUGAAAAUGAAAGUCUUUUCCAAAAACGUCUCUAAAUGUGUCACACCAGAUGGCAGGACCAUAUGUGUAGGGGACAUUGUUUGGGCCAAGAUUUAUGGCUUCCCUUGGUGGCCAGCCCGUAUUCUUACUAUAACUGUGAGCCGGAAAGAUAAUGGCCUUUUAGUUCGACAGGAGGCCCGCAUUUCGUGGUUUGGGUCCCCAACAACAUCUUUUCUUGCUCUUUCACAACUGUCCCCCUUUUUAGAAAACUUUCAGUCGCGCUUUAAUAAGAAGAGAAAGGGCCUUUACCGCAAGGCCAUCACAGAGGCCGCUAAGGCUGCUAAGCAGCUGACUCCCGAAGUUCGGGCCCUGCUGACACAGUUUGAAACGUGAACGUGGAAAGUAAGCUCAGAGACACUAGGCACCUGCUGUUUUGAUGGAACCUCACCACACUGCCACGAAGAACACCAGCUCAUCAGAAACGACAAAAAUUUGAGACUGAAUUGUCAUAUUUUUCCUCUGAAAUCUUAAACAGAGGGAAGAAAGGGCAGGGUGAAUGUGUUAAACAAAACCACCCCCACUAAUCCCAUUGGGGCACCUGUAUCUAUUGUACAUUUUCUUCGAAAUUUAAAAAGAUAUUAGGAAAUAUUUUAUAAAACUUUUUUGCAAUAAAUGAUGCAUGAGAUGGUGAGAGACUAUACAAAGUGUACGUGCAAGGAACCACUUGAAUUAUUAGUAUGAAGAAUCACUGCGAAUAAUUUUUUUUUAAUGUGAUGGUCUAAUCAAUAUGUUUGACAGGCCCCAGUGAUGGAGCCAAUUGCCUGGAAAGAUGACUGUAACUUUUGAACUCUUGUUUUGAUUCUUAACUUUAGCACUGCAUUUUCCAUUCUCCAAGGCUUAGUUAGUAUUUAGUAUGGGUGUUAGCAGAGCUAUAACGUGAUCUAAAGCAUGUCCGAAAGCAGCUGUAUUGUAAAAUAUGAACAGUCUUGUUAAAUGAGACCAAUGUUUCCCAGAGAGGUUACGGGUAGGAUGACAACAGUAACUCCAUGAAUCUCUAAUUUAUGGGAAAAAUCUUCCCCUGUGAAAAUGGUUGUUCUAUUCUUAUGCUGAUAUAACACUUUGGGAAUUGAGGAUUGUUGAAAACAUAUCAAGAAGGGCUACAUCUCUGACAGUACAGUCAUUUCGAUUUGCUUGUGAUGCUAUAGCAGUAUGGGAUUCGAGAAUGGAUACUGCUAAGAUAGGAUAGCAGUCGUUUGCCAGGUCGUUGUUUUCCCCUCACCCCUUCCAGCCCAGAAUAGAGCUCAUGCAGGCAGCUAGUAUAACAAGAGUUUCCAUUAGUGUUUCUAAUGGUAGUUGAUUUUAUAGCAUCAGAGAAAUGUUGGGCUGGAGGGGACCUCAAGAGUCCAGCCCCCUGCUCGAUUUGCAUUGCAUCAACUUCUUUGAAUAUCAUUAAAUCAAAAUUAGAAGGUCAAAUUUUUUAUCCUCUUUCUUCCUUUCUCCAAAAGAUGUUUAGUAAUAGUUAUUUCAGCUGAAGCUAGUGAAUGUUGACCAUACUGCUAGAGUAUUGGCUUGUUAAUUUAUUUGCCACUGAUUGUUUUAACAUUGUGCGCACAUUUUCUUGACAAUAUGUUUUCCUGUGCCCUUCUUAAUGAUAGAAGGGGAUUCACAGGAUGCCUGACUUGGGAGAGUAAAUAUUUAUUUUGGAGAAAUGAAAAUGUGCACAUAAUCUAAAGAUCUAAUAAAGUACAAGUUCCUCUUUCCAUGGAAAUGCAAAGGCUUGUACUAAACUCUUUUCCUACUUACUAAUAUUCUGAUCUUAUCAGGGAAUGUAAAAUAUCUUUCUACAGGCUAUCUGAAAAGAGAUCACCUUUUCCAAGUCUCUGGUUUCCAACGGCACAAAUAUGGUUUCAUAACCUGUGUGCAUGGAUCAUGAAUUAAGAAACCUUUGAUUUCAAAUCAUGGUGACCAUAGAUGUAUAUUUUUUCCCCUUUGCUUUGGUAUUUGGUAACAAAUCCAUAUUUUUAGCAGAGCAGGGAAACAAUAAUCUAUACCCAGGAAAGAUAUAUUGGUGGUACAUAUAGUCAAAGACAGUUCUAUAUUAGAGAUUUAGUAGUUAUUUUAGUUUGAUUCAUGGUAACUUCAUAAUUUAUUUAUAAAACCAGAAACCAAAACCAUAGCACCUGUUUCUUUCAAAAACUAUUUUAGCUGCACGUUGCUGUUGUACAGUAGAUUCAAAUUGUGCUACUUUUCAUAAUAAACUGCAGAUUUUUUUUUUUAAAUAGAGAAUAGUAAUUAUUGUUCUGCAGUACUCUUCCUUUCUAAUGUAGUCAAAGCAGAGGGUCAGCGGUCUGGUCCUGCUCCACUGCCCAAAAUGUGACCAAGAUAUAUUAUAAAUUAAAGCAUCUCACUCUUAGGCUACAUCUGCACUAUGAGCUAGGUGUGUGAUUCCCAGUUUCCGUACACAUACACGUGCUAAUUCUCAUGGAGCUAGCGUGAGUAUAAAUAGCAGUGUUGACGCAGUAGCCUGGGUACCAGCAGCAGAGCCAUAGCUUAGUGGAGCCUAGACUGUACCCACCAGUCUCAAGCAGGUUUGUAUUCAUCAUGCUGCCACUGCAGAUACGCAUUCUACCACAGCUACACUGCUGUUUAUACUUGCGGUAGCUUAGUGACACCUCAUGCAAGCAUGUGUGGCGAAGCUGGGAUCACACCCCUAGCUCUAGCGUAGACAUAGCCUUAGAGAGAGAGGGGGACAGGGUGCAGUGAGUUAAUGUGCCAGCCUUUUACCUCUGGAGACCAAACUCUAAUUGUAUUACAGGUAGAUGUUGGGGGGGGGGGGAAGGGGGAGUUCUCAUCCCCACUGGGGGAGUCCUUUUUAUCCACGUGAAAACAAAACCACACCAGACAACAUGGCACAAAACAGUUUCUGCUCAGGAAAAAGGCCCAGGACUGUAAUAGCAGGGUUAUUCCAUGCUGGGAUAGAAAUGAUUGAUGUUGUGUGUGGAAGCCAGUAGUGCCUGCCUAUAUGACAUCUGACUUUUAACCAGUGCUCUUAUUGCCUCUCCUGCAAGAGUGCUAGCACACAUCAGUUGGAGUAUACAGAACAUUAUCGUGUGAGAGAAAUGCAAGUCUCUGCAUUGGAGAAGAUGGGUAAAUUAAGCAAACAGAAAGCUUAAAAAAUAGACAAGGUAGCAAACUGUAUUUGCUCAUAAAAAUGAGUUUAUUUUCAUGGGAAGUAGUGCAGCCAUUUUGUUUGAAACCAGAUUUUCAUUUUGAAGUGAAACUGUCAGGAAUAUUUUAAUGACUGGGAAGUACAGUAAUGUAUUGCUUUUCACUUUUUGGCUUUAGUUGCUUAAUAUUUAAGCUUUGCUCUGUGCUACCUUUUUGUCUGUAUAUUGAAUGGUCACUAUGCCUCCUUCAUUUUGUAGACUUGAAUGGGCGGGGAAGAUUCACUUUUAAGGUUUGCUCAGAGGUAAAUGUUAAAGAAUGUUGUGUAACAUUUAUUCAAAUAAAGCCUUGAUUUUUUUUCA